AGACACGCGCGCGGGCCCGCAAUUCCCCCGGCGCUGCUCAUACAGGAGCUUCGAGGAAGGUGGGAGAGUGCAACUCGGGGGAGCUGCGCGAUCCCGGCCUAGGAACAGGUAGAGUCCUCCGACAGCCAGGCGCGCUUUGCAUUGGAGCUUCGCCUCUGGGACUUGAUGUGUGCUAGCCUCCGGAUAUUGAAAUGAUCCCGAGCCGGAGGGGUGCUCGGGCGCUGGCUGAUCCUGAGGCCGGCCGGAUGCGGGGCCCCGGCUGGGGAGGCUAGGGGGCAGGCCUCGCCUGGCUAUGGGCUGCUUGCAGAGUGUGGCGUGCAAGGCGCGAGUGCGCAGGGAGAACAUCGUGGUAUACGACGUGUCGGCCUCCAUCGAGCCGGGAGCCACCGCCAUCGAGGAGACAUCGCCCAUCGUGCUGCGCUACCGAACGCCCUAUUUCCGCGCCGCCGCUCGCGUCCUUAUGCCGCCUAUCCCGCGCCGUCACACCUGGGUGGUGGGUUGGAUCCAGGCCUGCAACCACAUGGAGUUCUACAACACCUACAGCAACCUGGGCAUGUCAAGCUGGGAACUUCCAGACUUGAGAGAAGGACGUGUAAAAGCCAUCAGUGACUCUGAUGGAGUGAGCUAUCCCUGGUAUGGGAACACCACAGAAACAGUUACCUUGAUUGGUCCUACCAAUAAGGUUUCCAGGUUUUCAGUCAGUAUGAAUGACAAUUUUUAUCCUAGUGUGACAUGGGCUGUCCCUGUGAGCGAUAGCAAUGUGCCACUAUUGACUAGGAUCAAACGGGACCAAAGUUUUACUACAUGGUUAGUGGCCAUGAAUAUGACUACUAAGGAAAAAAUAAUUUUGCAGACUAUAAAAUGGAGGAUGAGAGUAGACAUUGAAGUUGAUCCCAUGCAGCUCUUGGGCAAGCGAGCCCGCCUGGUGGGGAAAACUCAACAGGAGCAGCCUAAGAUUUUGAGCAGAAUGGAACCCAUCCCACCAAAUGCACUAGUGAAACCCAAUGCCAAUGAUGCCCAGGUCCUCAUGUGGAGGCCUAAGAGAGGUCUGCCUUUGGUAGUGAUACCACCAAAAUAAAAUAAAAAAGCAUUUAAAUGAGGACUUUUGCCACUCUAGAAUGGAUAUCUGAGCCAAAGAAGACCUUUCAGGUUCAUCUGCCUUUUGUUACUGCAAGUGUGAAGAGGGCUUCUUCAAUAUAGUGUUAGAUGGCAAUGGCCAAUUAUGUGCCACUGCAGAACAGUUGAAUUUCUGGACUUUGGAAGAAGAAAUGUUAUUCUAUGCUUUCAGGGGCAUUCUCAUGAAGAAGAAAGUUUCUAUUCUUAAUCUUGAAAUAUAAUGAAUAUGAAUAUAAUUUUCAGUGCCUGUGGCUAAUGCUGCUUCCCAACCAAUUAAAUGUGAUUAUAAAGACUGUUCUUAUGAGAUAUUUAUGGAGUCCUGUUAUGUUGCUUGAUUUCUGCUGGUUUAGGACAGGAAGGGAUGACAUAUUACCACAUUAUAGCUAUGCAUUAUAAUUGAUAAUCAGAAUGAUCUGUCUGCUCAUUGGAAUGAAGAGAAUGUUUACAAAAAGAAAAUACUGUCAGUUUAAUCUCAUCAGUAUAAAAAGAGCAGUUCUAUCCACAAGGAACUAUCCAUAGUGCUGAAUUUUGAAAAUCAGGACCUUCAUCUAAUCAACUUCUUUCUGGGGCUAAUUAUUUGGAUUAAUGAAAUUAAGACUUUUUGCAUGUUUUUCAAUGUGUUCAAGUAAUUGUAACUCUAGGAACUUUGCCAUAGAGUUUUACCAAGGUAUAGGUGAAAUCCAAGGUUGAACAACUUGUGGAAGAGGACAGAGACAAAAUAGGAACAAGUAGUUGUCAGGCACAAGAAUUUAGGAAGCAAGUCAGUUCAAAUGAUUAGAGGUUUAUUACAUGCUAACACUCUACAAAUUCUGCAUUCUCUAGAGGCUCACAGAAGCAAAAAGGGUUAUGUAGGACAUUAGAUCCAACUCCCUGAUCAGUGUAAAUUAAAUAAUCCUCGGGUGGUGGCAGUCCAGCCUCUGUUGAACACAUCAGGUUUAUCAGUAAAUCGUAAAUGCACAAAGUGCUGGGUAACAUUCUGUCAGAGUUGCAAAAAUCAAAUCCAGAAAGCACACACAGGCAGACUGAUGCAGCAGGAUUCAUUAACUUCUUUAUAUACAUAAUAAAACAUGAAGAUAAAUGUACAAUACCAAUAUAGAUUCUUCUUCAACGUAGUAGCAGUUACAAGCAAAACACAAGCAGCAGUACAGCAGAAAUGUAAGUCCAGACUGGUUUCAGUUUCGUUUCUCAGCACAGCCCACAGCUGAGCCACGCCCAGCCUCCAAACUUUCAGCUCCCAUUGGCUGACUUAGUUGCUAUGCCUAUUUAUUGACUGAUCUUCAUGACUGGAAGAGACAUAAAUCCAAUUUACUUAAUAUUCUUCCCAUGACCUGUAUUUGAAAACCCACAUUGACAGUUCCCUUCAAAUACCUGAGAGCCCUUUUACAUCCUUUGCAAUGAAACAAAGAUCAUCCACAAAUGCUAAUAGUUGACAAUCCUCUCCUUGUAACUUUCCAGUGUAUAUACAACCAUCAGCCUUGCAACUCUUGAACCCAAGACCCUUCAAUGCAGUAUCUAGACAUAUAUUACAAUUCCUGGCUGACUGCUUCAGCCCAUAAAUACCCUUGUUCAAUUUAUACACCAUGUUAGGCUUUUUACUUUCAUACCCUGGUGCUUGAACCAUGUAAAUUUCUUCCUCUAAUUCUGCAUUGAGGAAUGCUUUGUGUCAACUUGCAAAGCUUUCAAGUUGCCAUGAGCAAGAGGGAGGGAGAACUGAUAGAGCUGAUUGAUUUCCCUAACUGAAGUGCAUUCCAUACAUUCUUCCUGACCGCAAUCAGAAGGAGGGUGUUGGAUUUCACAGCCAGCCAAAGUGGUUAAUUGGAGAAUGUGAUUUAUGACAUGGCCAGAGAGGAGGGGAGAGACAGAGUCAUAGGGGAACGUAAAUCUACGUGGGAUUAGUUCUAACUGCAUCCGAACAUUGCCGAAAUGGUGCUCCUAAUAAAUGACUGUAUUUCUUUUGAAGUUCGGCUCAUGGCUCAUGAAUUAAUUUGGGCAUCUUUCGGAAACUUCACAGACAGUUAGAACUAUUUUUAAAAUCUAUCAAGAUUACCAGGUUUCCUGAAUCCUGGACUCUCCAACCGCUCCCCGAUGUCUGGGGUGCUGGGAGGGAAAAUCAGGCAACCAUGGCCGAAGACGGGCUAUCUGAAGAGAACCUAAUUGCAGCCAGAGUGCAGCCUCCCUUAGACAUCAAAGCUGAGAUGCCGGCUCCAGCGGCGGAAGCAAGAAAAGAUAAGUAUUGGUGGGAGUUAAUCCCUAAGACAGCUGAGGUCGAGUUCCCCCACCCCAAUGCCUGGGAAAAGGGGAAGCCCCUGAGCGAGCUGGGAAGAGUGGAAUGGAGGUUGGAUUGGAAACAAGCCAGGCUCCCAAAGCCCCUGGGGAGUUCCAGAGAGCAGCCGAGGGAGGAAUUUGACCAAGCCACCCUUCCUGAUGAGGGGCUGUCAUGCAGGCCAAAGGGGAGGGGAGGAGCAGUGGAUUCCUUUGAAGUGAGGAGAAGCAGACAGGAGCACAUCCCCCCUUCUCCACCCAUAAGAAGGAGGCCGCAACCAGUGUCUUUCCCACGCAGCAGGCAGGCUGCCCAGGGCAGACAAACCCCUCUCUCCCUCCAAACUAGAGCUGAGGAAGAGGGCCUUAGCUCAGCCUUUCAUCCGAGCACCAACGGGGGUGGGGGGGGGCAGAAAGACUGAAUGCCAUGGUAGAGCAGUACCUGAACUAUCAGCAGUCCAAUUGGGCGGACGUCCUGUCUUUUGCUGAGGUCGCGUAUAAUAAUGCUGUUCACAGUAGCUCGGGGCUAACCCCGUUUAAGGUAGUGAGCGGCAUGGACUUUGUCCCAAUGCCUGAGUACCCAAGGGAGCCUCCCUCCUCAGUCAGCUUGACCGAUUGGAUGGCGACAUUGAAAGCAACCUGGGAGAAUGUCAAGAAAGCGCUAGCUAAAGCAGCACAAACCUAUAAGAAACAGGCAGACAAACACCGAGCUCCCCAAAGGCCAUUUCAAUUGGGGGAGAAAGUUUACCUCUCCCCAAAAUAUUUGAGGUUAAAACUUCCUAGCAAGAAAUUGGGACCAAAGUUUAUGGGACCAUUCCCCAUAGUAAAGAUAAUCAACCCAGUCACAGUGCAAUUGAAGUUGCCCUGACUGCUAGGGAAGAUACACCCGGUAUUCCAUAGUAGCCUCUUAAAACCCGUGGUCGGAUCGACCCUGAGGCCACUACCCUGUGAGUCCCCAAACCCCAUGGUCAUAGGGGGCCAGACCCAUUAUGAGGUGCAGCAAAUCCUCAAUUCAAGGUGGCACAGGAGACAACUCCAAUAUUUAAUCAAGUGGAAGGGUUACCCCUUAUCAGAGGCAUCUUGGGUAAAGAGUCAAAACAUCCAGGCUGAUCGCCUUAUAGCCAAAUUUCAUGCAGAAAAUCCAAACAAGCCAGGUGGGGGGUCAUGUCCCUAAACUCUGCAUCUGUAUUCAAAUUGUUUUGCUUUGCGCAGGUCGCCCUCGGGAAGUGAGGGGAGCCGAAUGUCAACUUGCAAAGCUUUCAAGUUGCCAUGAGCAGGAGGGAGGGAGAACUGAUAGAGCUGAUUGAUUUCCCUAACUGAAGUGCAUUCCAUACAUUCUUCCUGACCGCAAUCAGAAGGAGGGUGUUGGAUUUCACAGCCAGCCAAAGUGGUUAAUUGGAGAAUGUGAUUUAUGACAUGGCCAGAGAGGAGGGGAGAGACAGGGUCAUAGGGGAAUGUAAAUCUACGUGGGAUUAGUUCUAACUGCAUCCGAAUAUUGCCGAAAUGGUGCUCCUAAUAAAUGACUGUAUUUCUUUUGAA